AGAUCUCUUUAAAAAUGCUAAGAGGCUCUUUCAAAAGCGUGCCUCAUUCGGAGCCUGAAUUCAAACCAUUAGUUGUGAUAGAGCUUGCAAAGAAUGCCAAACCAGAAGCAAGAGAAUGGCUUGUAUCAAAAAUCUCAGCCCACAGAAAGGAUGGAGGUGCACAGCUUUUGAUAAAACCAGAGGUAAUAUUAGAAGAGAAGGAGUACAUCUAUGUCGUAGGAGCGUCUACAAAGCGGCUUCUUCUUGGAGCAGAGGCGGCGGGUUUUGUGAAGGAGAGCUUGGAUGGCACUAUGAGACCGUUUUUGUACGGCAACCGGACGGAAUUCAAAUAUUUUAAAGAUGAAGGAGAAGAUUUUUUAACGAUGGGUGAAUGUCAAUAUAUCAUUAAACAUGAGCUGGACAAUCUUCGAGCGCGA